UGAAGGAAGGAGAUGAAUGGAAAACAGCCUUUAAAACGAAACAUGGUUUAUAUGAGUGCUGAUGGAAUUGCAGUAGAUGAACAAAAGGUUAAGGCUAUUAAAGAAUGGCCAACACCUAAAAAUAUUUUUGAGGUGCGGAGUUUUCAUGGUUUUGCGAGUUUCUACCGGAGAUUCAUCAAGGAUUUCGGCACAAUUGCAGCACCGUUAACUGAAAUUGUGAAAAAAAGUGUUGGACUUAAGUGGGAAAUGAAAACUGGUGCAGCACUGAACUAUCCUACUUAUGACAAGGAGAUGUAUGCAUUGGUAAGAGCUUUAGAGACAUGGCAGCAUUAUCUUUGGCCUAAGGAGUUCGUGGUACAUACUGAUCAUGAGUUGUUGAAGCACCUGAAGGGACAAGGUAAGUUGAAUAGACGACAUGCUAAAUGGGUGGAAUUCCUUGAGACGUUUCCCUAUGUGAUCAAGUAUAAGCAAGGAAAGGAAAACAUUGUGGCUGAUGCAUUAUCUCGUAGGUUCUCGAAGAUGGCACACUUCAUUCCAUGUCAUAAAACUGACGAUGCAACCAAUAUUGUGGAUCUAUUCUUCAAGGACGUUGUUCGUUUACAUGGCAUUCCAAGGACCAUCGUUUCUGAUCGCAAUGUCAAGUUCUUGAGUUACUUUUGGAAGACAUUGUGGGGAAAGUUGGGAACUAAGCUACUGUUUUCAACUACUUGUCAUCCACAAAUUGAUGGACAAACAGAAGUGGUUAAUAGGACGUUGUCAACCUUAUUGCGUUCUAUUAUUCAGAAGAACUUAAAGAACUGGGAAGAGUGUUUGCUGCACAUUGAAUUUGCUUAUAAUCGGAGCAUCCAUUCAGCAACUAACUGUUCACCAUUUGAAGUUGUGUAUGGUUUUAAUCCACUCACUCUUUUAGAUUUAUUGCCUUUACCUAUUGACAAACAAGCUAGUUUGGAUGGGAAAAAGAAAGCUGAAACGGUUAAGCAACUGCAUGAGAGGGUGCAACAAAACAUAGAGCGACGAACUGAGCAGUAUGCAAAACAAGCCAACAAAGGACGCAAGAAAGUUGUAUUUGAACCUGGAGAUUGGGUUUGGGUGCAUAUGCACAAGGAGCGAUUCCCUGCACAAAGGCAUUCUAAGCUGCAACCAAGAGGCAAUGGACCAUUUCAAGUGAUUGCGAGGAUUAAUGACAAUGCAUACAAGUUGGAGCUUCCUGGUGAGUAUAAUGUUAGUGCUACUUUUAAUGUUUCUGAUCUUUCUCCUUUUGAUGUAG